UCGGUGUUGCUUAUUUCGCAGUACUGUAAAAACACCAUACGUUAUCUCUAGAGUUUUCCGUAUUAUAAUUUGUAUUGAUAAAACAUAACCAAAAAAUACUGAUUCGAUUUUCAUUUUUUCAUCAUCAUUCAGCCUUGAAUUUUUUAAUUGACUUUUAGGUACAUUCAGUUUACAUCGCUGUAUGUUUUACCAUUGAUGAACAAAAACUUCAAUUAUUAAGGGACUUAGGUGUGGGAUUUAUGGUCACAACUUUACGCGUCAAAUACGGAUGCUUGGACCAGCAUAAUCAUUGAACGCCUACUAUCCUAACCUUAUUAUUGAAGAAUCAGAUAUUUGUGAACUGUUCGUUACCUUCAGAAACGAAAAUGUUCAGUUUAGAGGGCGAUGAUAAAGCCAAUAGAGGAAUGUUGAAUAGUUUUCCAUCAGUUCCGUCUCCAUAUUUAAACUAUGACCCUCAACUUCUACCUCAGUCAUCUCAGCCAGAAUAUAUAUUUCUGGAAGGAGCUGGUUCCAAGCAACGUGGACGUUUUGAAUUGUCAUUCACUGAAAUUGGUACAUCAUGUUUGAUUGGUGCUACAAUUGGUGGUAUACGUGGAAUAUACAGUGGUAUAAAAAUGACAUCAAUGGAAAAUCAAACUAGUACAUACAAUAGAACACAGAUCUUAAAUAAUGUUUUUAAAAAUGGAGCACGUUUGUCUAAUACAUUUGGAACAUUAUCUGUAUACUAUAGUAUCUUUGGUAUCAUAUUAGAAAAGACCCGGGGAUGUGAAGAUGAGCUUAAUACUAUCGUAGCAGGAACAAGCACUGGACUUUUAUACAAAGCAACAAGUGGCCUUAGAAGGUGUGGCAUUGGUGGUUUGAUUGGAUUUAGUCUUGCUACAGCAUUCAGCUUAAUUACAUCAAGGGAUAAAAUUAAAGAAAUGGGAAGAAACGUAUUUCAUUCCUAAAAAUGUUUACCAAAAUAAAAUGUUCGCAAAAAUAAAUGUUCAUAAUAGUUUUUUAGAUAUACA